AUGGUGACUCGCCAGAAGCAGUUCUGGGUGGGCCUGUCCGACAUGCAGGGCUGGAGGAUAAGCAUGGAGGACUCGCACACUGUCCACUUGUAUCUCCCUCCCGGUGGCUCCGACGCCACCCCCGCAAGUGACAUCCCCGAGCAGCCUCUUGGCUCCACUGUCACCAAUGACGGUACAGAGGAACGCGCCAACGCCCUUGCAGGUGUUUUCGACGGUCACGGUGGCUCGGCGGUGGCCAAGUUUGCCGGCACCACGUUGCACACUCGCCUGGCCAACCUGGAGGCAUACAAAUCGGGCGACUACGAGGCUGCCUUGAAGCAGGUCUUCCUCAAGACGGACGAGGAUCUCCGUGCCGACCCCAGCUUCUUCAACGACCCCUCGGGCUGUACCGCCGUCGUCGGUCUUAUUACCACUGAUGGUCGCAUCAUUGUCGCCAACGCCGGUGACUCGCGCAGUGUUCUCUCGUACAAGGGCGAGGCCAAGGCCAUGUCCAACGACCACAAGCCUACCAACAAGGAGGAGACUGCCCGUAUCACCGCUGCCGGUGGCUUUGUCGAGUUUGGCCGUGUCAACGGCAACCUUGCCCUGUCGCGCGCUCUGGGUGACUUUGAGUUUAAGCAAAACUACACUCUCCAGGCCGAGCAGCAGAUCGUCACUGCCGACCCCGAGAUUAUCACCCACCAGGUCGACGGCGAGGAGGAGUUUAUCGUUCUUGCCUGUGACGGUAUCUGGGACUGCUUGACGUCCCAGCAGGUCAUUGACAUUGUGCGUCGCCAGGUCGCCAACGGCGACGACCUCGGCAAGAUCUGCGAGGGCCUCAUGGUCAAGUGUCUCGCUACCGACUCGGAGACUGGCGGUAUCGGCUGCGACAACAUGACCGUUGUCAUUGUCGCUCUGCUUAACGGCCGCACCACCGAGGAGUGGCAGGCUUGGGUCAAGGAGCGCGUUGAGGGCAAGGUUGGUCGUGAUACCCCUCUCUCGGUUCCCGACAUCUUUGGCCAGGUUCAGCCCUCGAUUGGCGGCGGCUUUGGCGGUGCUGGCGGUUUCCGUCUUGGCGGCGCUGGUGGUCUGGCGAACAUUGCCAGCAUCCUCGGCGCCUCAGGCAUCACCUUCAGGACGAUGGACGAUGAGGACGAGGUGGAGGACGACGACGAGCUUCACCUGGUCGACUCGGCCGCCAAGUCUCCCGAGGACGCACUGGUUGUUGAGAGCCUGGGCGCCAAGGUGGAGCUUGUCGACGACGACGGCGACUCGCACAUGGACUCUGGCGAGGACUCUGACGCCACCGCUGCCGCCGCCGAGGCCGGUGCCGCUCCUGCCCGUACUCCAGCAUUUUCCUCGAUCGGCUCGCCUACUGUGCCCACCCCCGAGUCGCUGCAGCCAUUGCGCCCAGCGGAUUCGGGUGCUGCGGCGGAGAAGAAGAGCGAUGCUUAG